CCGGCAAGAAAAGAGAUGAUAGAACAAGCGCAUGCGCAUGUGUGGGCGUGUGUUAGGAGUGACAGAUAUGUGGUGGGCAAAUGGCCAGUGCGGGCCUGGAAAUCCCAUGACGUCAUCUUAAGUCUUCCCCUUAAAAACUUGGUAAUUUUGAGUAAUCGUUCCUUUCCCAAGCUCAUCAGCUGUAGCGUGGAGUGGAGAAAACUGAGAGACAGAUCAGGGUUCUAUUUCAAAGUACAAGAUCCCGAUUAUCAUCAAAAGAAAAUGUCUCAUGGUUUAUUGUUGAUCCUGAUUGCCGCCCUCUUCGGUACUAUUAAGGCUUGCGGUCCAGGUGCUCCACGUAAAGCUCGACCAAUUCCACCAAGGCCGAUGAAACGCGACAUACACCUGCCUUCUACAGAAACUUCCGAUCUGAAGUCCUUAAUGUUUGACGUAGAUAAGACGAAAAUAGACAUAGUAAAAAUGACUGAAGAUUUAUUCACAUUAUUUGAUCAAGACGCAGACGGUUUUGUGACAACAGAUGAGAUUUCGACUGCCCGCGAAGUAGAAAGCUUGACUAAUGCUGUAUGGAAGGCUGAUAGAAACGGUGACGGAAUUGUAACACUCCAGGAAUUCCAAACAAUUAUGAUGUCAUGACAGACCGCAGGUUAACAAACUCUGUCGCCAAAGUAGCUGAUUGAUGUAAUCUGCCGAGUGCAAUGUAAGAUGAACCAUGCUCUUCAUAAAAACGGCACCAAAGAUGACGGCGCACAUUAGCAUCUCAAUCUUUAUGCCUUUGUAGCUUGCUUCUUCGAGUCCAAAAAACAACCAAUACAGUAUAUAACAUACAGUACCUUGAAAAAAAUUCAAGAUCAUCCUGGUUAACUGUUUGACAAAAAUGUACCUUGUAACUUAGAUACUUUCCAAUUGGCUUUCUAUGAAAAUUGUUUACAACCUUUGUAGGUGCGUACUAAACUUCCAAAGAAUGAAUUGAUCGAUACAUUUUACUCAGAAACACUCAGUUCAACAAGCACCAUGCUGUAUUUUGUAAAAUUUGCCACUGAAAUGACGGACUAGUACGGUAUUGAAUGCAGAAGAAAACAAAAAUAUUCCAAUUUGUAAUCUAGAGAACCCACUGCUUAUCUGAAUGGAUCUGAUAUCAAAUAUUAAACAAAUAGAUAAAUAAUGAUAUCAUAAUCGUAUCAAGCAUAGCCUUUGAAGAAAAUUCAUUUAUAAACUCACAAACAAUUAUGUUUUUCUGUUUAGAACCGUGAACGCAAUAUAAACAUAGGUAGAUUUGUUGAAGGACAAUGCUUGAUACGAGUAUAAUCCAUCUGAUCCUGUAUUCGAGUAAUGGUAUUUACAAUAAUUACAUUAAGCAAAUAUGUAAGUUGUUACGUACGUCUACCAAAGUUUAAUAUUCUGUAGUUCAUUACAAAAACAAGCUAUAAUAAUAAUACACUAUAACAAUUCUUAUAACAAUUAUAGACCUAAAAGUAAUACCAUUACAUUAUAGCACAUCUUGAAAAAAGUGUCAAUGUGCGUUUUACAAGAAUAUCAUCCUCUGGUAAUUUAUGUCAGAUUAAAUAAAGUAGCUGCGUUAGUAUGAAGUCUACUAUUAGAUUGUUGUCUGUCAGUAACUCAACAGACAAUGUUUUAUCAAACUGAUGAAAAACUUUGAGUCAUUUGUUUGAUAAUAGUUUUCUGAACCAGAAUACACUCUAAAGCAAAAUCUGAUCAAACAGAUUGGUGAUAAUUCCUGUACUGUACAUCCAGCGUUCAUUUUAAGUAUAUUAUAACCAUAAUUAAUAAUUAAACAUAGUUACAGAUACAUUUACACACAAAAAAAUCUAUUUUCGCUGGAUUACACUUGAUUAAGCCCCGUCCGUUGUGGAAAGCUUGUUUAAAUUAAAUCCUAGUUGAAUGAGAUGUGACUACAACAACAGUAUCCGACCAAAAGCAGCUUCUAAUCUCUGUUUAAUUUGUGUGUGAUUAGUUUUUCAAAAGAAUAAACUCCAUCUGACUUGAAUGUUGAGGCAUAACUGCCAUAUUGUAGAACGUUCAUAACAAUGUGUUUAUUUUAGAGAAUAUUGUUACCUCAUCAAUCUAUUUUUACUUUCGUAAGGUUUUCUAUAUACAAUAGUAAAAAGAAUAGUAAAAAAGGUUUCUCGUGAUGACUUUUUUCAAUAAAAUGUACUGCACGCUUGGUGAAUUGUCUUA